AUGGAUAUCGACCACAUGGUCAACGAGGUCGUCGCGAUGCUGCUGGGGCAGUUCGGCGCGACGAUCGCAGAGGUGGUCCGGCACGCCGCCGAGGUCAACGCGACGGACGCGCUGAACGAGCUCGUGCGGAGCCGGGCGGCCGAGGCAGCGCGCCUGCCCUGCCCCGGGCCGCUCGCGGACCACACCGCCCCGGAGCUCGGCGGCUUUGCCAGCGCGGCGUCCAGGCCCCUGCUGGGCCUCGGCCUGCUCGGGCUGGCCCUGUGCGCGGCGGGGGGCCUCGCGCGGCGGCUGUGCUGCCUGGCCCCGCCGCGCGGCGAGGGCAAGGCGGGGUCGGCGCCGCCCCACGGACGCGAGGGCGAGCGCGCGCGCGGGAGCGCCGCCCCGCGGCGCUCCGACGGCGCGAGCGCCGCCCCGCCGCGGCGCUCCGACGGCGCUGGCAGCAGCUUCUUCGGCGAGGGCGCUCGCGGGAGCGCCGCCGUGCAGGAGGUGGAGCUGGCGGUGGCGCCAGCGAGACAGGAAGGCGCCAGUCAAGACCCGGGCAUCUCGUUCAGCGCCUCCGCGAACGAGCGCGCUGGCGACGUGCGGGCAGAGGCGGCGGAGGCCCAGCCUUCCUGGGAUUGCCUGGCGCUGCACCCCAGCGUGUCGAGGAUGAUGCUGGUGAGCUUCCCUCUGCUCAUCGCUGGGAACAUCCUGCUCAUGGUCGAGUCCAAUUCUGGAGUUGGCACGAGCGUUCUGAUUUCCAUCCGGGCGAACGAUGAACAGGUGGUGCGUCUUCCCAGCCUGAAGGACUUCACGCUGAUGGGCAGCAUCGAGGACAUGUGGAACGGUGGGGCGUACCCCCUGGCAGUGCUCAUCGCUUUUUUCAGCGGCGUGUGGCCCUACGUCAAGCUGCUGACGAUGCUCCUCUGCUGGCUGGCGCCGACCAGCGUACUGAGCGUCCAUGGCCGACAGACGGCCCUGGAGUGGCUCGACUUCUUGGGAAAGUGGUCGAUGGUGGACGCGUUUGUCAUGGUCCUUUUCAUGGUGGCCUUUAAGUUCGACCUGUCCAUCGCGGGGCAGGCUCCGCAGGUGAUCAGUGACGUCUUUGACGAGUUCGGCGGGUCGGCGCGGCUGCUGGUGUACGUGCAGCCGCUCUGGGGCUUCUUCCUCUUCAUCGGUGCGACGAUAGGCUCCAUGGUGCUGGGCCACCUGAUGACUAUGGUGCACCGGCGCGCCCACAAGGUCGCCGAGUUCGGGAUUCGGCGAGACUCGCUGGGGAGACGCAGCCGCCUCUGCGACGUCAACAGGCCCUCGGGCCACGCGGGGCGCAACUUUGUCAUCACCCCUGUUUUCUUCCUGGGCGUCUCGCUGCUGCUCGUGGUAGUCGGCCUGAACGUGAACGCCUUCCAGUUCCGGUUUCUGGGGCUCGCGGGCUUCGCGCUGGGCGAGGCGGGGUCCGUGCGCCCCUUCUCGGUGGUGUCGCUGGCGUCCGCGGUGCCGAGCGCGAACCUGCAUUCCGGCGGGCCCGACAUGUUUUUUAUACAGUGGAUUUUCUGUAUCCAGCUGCCUGCGGUGAUCAUCUACCAUGUCACGUUGAUGAUGCUGUGGAUCACCCCUCUCACCAACCGGAUGCAGAGGAUAGGCCUGGUCGCCGCCCAGGUGAUGAACGCGUGGAAUGCUCUGGACGUUUUCGUGGUCAGCAUCUGCGCGGGCGUCCUGGAGAUCCGCCAGCUCGCGCUCUUCAUCAUUGGGACCAAGUGCGACGCGUUGGACGCGAUAGUGGAACAGUUCCCCCCCAUCGUCGCGCGCGUGCCUGGCGCGGUGGACGGCAGGGUCCACUGCUUCGACGUGCAGUCCGAGCUCAAGGAGGGCUUCUUUGUACUGCUCGCGGCCGUCCUUGUUUCCACCGUUGUCGGCCACUUGGUCUUGCACAGAUGCUCUGUGGCCUUGGCCUGCGACGGCGAGGACCAGUGUACCCCGCCCACCAUGGUCGAGGGAAGUUGUGUUGAAGAUGAUUUGGAUGCUUCUUUCCGUAUGGUAUUUGACCGUGGUAGUUUGCAGGGGCCGCCGAUUGUUGGCGGUGUUGCGUAG